AUAAACCAGCAGAGCCAUUGAUCUCUCCCCAACACAGUAAAAGAGCAGACUCAUUCUUUCUCUCUCUCUCUCUCUCCCUUUUUUUUUUUUCCUUAUUUCUCAUCUCUAAGUUCUCCGGCAAUGGUGGACGUGAUUGCCUUCCUUAUUGUUCUGACUUCCGUGCUCUUACUUGUCCUUUUGAUCAAGCUUCUAUUUCCAGCUGCUAAUAAAACAUCCUCCUCAUACGGCCCCAAGUCCUACCCUCUCAUAGGCUGUCUCAUCCCUUUCUACCGCAACCGCCACCGCCUUCUACAUUGGUACACCGACCUCCUUGCCAACUCUCCGUCGAGCACCAUCACCCUCUCCCGCCUAGGUGCCCGCCGCACCAUCGUUACCGCCAAUCCCUGCAAUGUCGAGCACAUCCUCAGCACCAACUUCCACAACUACCCCAAAGGCAAGCCUUUCACCGACAUCCUUGGCGAUCUCCUCGGUCGCGGCAUCUUCAACUCCGACGGCCAUCUCUGGCUUUCCCAACGCAAAGUUGCCAGUCAUGCUUUCACCCUCCGCUCUCUCCGCGACCUCAUCAACCACAUCCUCCGCCCAGAGAUAUCCACUCACUUCCUCCCAAACCUUGUAGCUGAUGGAAGAACUGUCGUCGACUUACAAAACCUCCUCCGCGGGCUAUCUUUCCGCGUCAUAUGCCGAGUGUUCCUCGGCCGGCCAUCCACCGCUCAUUUACAGUUGGCAGAGGCUCUAGAUGUCGCAUCUGAAAUAAGUGCGGGGAGGGGGUCAGCACCAUUAGCUUUCUUGUGGAAGGCCAAACGAGCUCUUGGAUUUGGUUCGGAGAGGCGCCUCCGCGAGGCCGUCGAUCUCAUUCAUCGCUUAGUGAUUGACAUUAUCCUGAAAACCAGAGAAAUGAAUAAUCCGCCAAAUAGUUUUCUCUCACGUCUUCUUGAAAUGGGAAUUCAUGGAGAAGAUGAGGAGAUCAGAGAUAUGGUCAUAAGCUUUCUUAUGGCGGGGAGGGACACAACCUCCUCGGCACUAACAUGGUUCUUUUGGCUAGUUUCAACCCAUCCGGAUGUAGAAGAGAAAAUAAUCAAUGAGAUCAAUAACAAGUUGAUUAGGAGUGAGGAAGAGAUGAGCUACGAGAGUUUGAAAAAGCUGAGCUACUUGGAGGCGAGCUUGAUGGAGAGUAUGAGGCUGUAUCCACCAGUGGCAUGGGACUCCAAGCAUGCAGAAGGGGACGACGUUCUUCCAGACGGUACGACGAUAAGAAAAGGAGAUAGAAUAAUGUACUUUCCUUACGGAAUGGGGAGAACGGAGGCAUUAUGGGGGAAGGAUUGGAAGGAGUUUCGGCCGGAGAGAUGGGUGGCGCCCGGUGGUGGCGGGGUUGUGAGGAUGUCGCCGUAUAAAUUUCCGGUUUUUCAAGCGGGGCCGAGGGUGUGUUUGGGGAAGGAGAUGGCGAUGAUUCAGAUGAAGUUCAUGGCGGCAACAUUCUUGCGGCGGUUCGAGUUGAGGUGGGUGGGCAAGGAGGCGCCGGUGAUGGUGCCUCUGUUGACCGCGCAUAUGGCUGGAGGGCUGCCGGUGGUGAUUGGGGAGAGGGAGAGGGGUGGUCGUGCGCCAUCUCUAUCCCUUGCAAUAUGAUUUCUUCUUCUAUAUUGUAAAAUAUAUUAUUGUUUUAUUUUAUAAUA